GUUAAUCGGAUUGGUCAGAAAUCACCCAAUCAGGAGCAGACCGGAAACAGCUGAGAGGAACCGAGCUGUCCGGCGGCCAUUUUCAGGAUUCACUGCGCCGUCCUUGGAAUCUUCAUCGUGCGCCAGUGUUACUCUUUUUCCGUCUUUAAAAACUCAGAGAUAAUGCCGUCUUUAUUGUUUUGUGGCCCUAAAUUAGCUGCCUGCGGGAUUGUGUUAAGCAUCUGGGGAGUCAUUAUGUUGGCAAUGUUGGGGAUCUUCUUCAGUGCGAAAUCCGCUGUACUGAUCGAGGAUGUUCCCUUUACUGAGGAAGACAUCAGGAAUGACGCAACCCCACCCCAGGCAAUCUACAAACUGUACAACCAAGUGGCCAUCAACUGCUUCAUCGCUGCAGCCAUUUAUGUUGGAGUGGGUGCCAUCGCUCUGUGCCAGGUUCGCCUGAAUAAGCGCCAGGAGUACAUGGUGACAUAAGCAGAGGACGUCAGCCCGAAGACCAAAUCUUCUAAACGUUAUUUAUUUGCAGAUGACUUUAUUUAUUAUAACGGAUUGGUUGUUGUAGCAGUUCAAGGUUUCCGUCUUUUUAGAAAUACAUGGAAAACUGUAAAAUAUAGAUAAAGUAUACUCAUCAGUGAGAAGCUAAAGAAUUAUAAAAUAAACUAAGUGUUGUUCUCAUGCAUGCAGCUGAAGACGUUGGAUGGUUUGUGAAUUACGUGUUCCCACAGCAGAUUGACAAGAGUAGACUGUAGAAUAAACUUAUUACUGGACCACGAAAAGAUCAGCUGUUAAGGAUUAAACUGUUGUUCCGUAACAUUGUUUUUGACCUUAGAGUGGUGUGAAAAUGUUCCUGUCUCUUAAUGUGUUGCUCUUUAUAGUAAUAGGAAUGUUAUUCAAUGCAUUGUUUAUUUCUUUAUGUUGGAAAUAAUACAUGACUUUUUCCCCAUUCCUGAAUUGUCCUACAUUAUCUGAAUAUGAUGGCAGUGUGACAUUACUGUGAAUAACAUGUCAAGUGAAAAUAAAAGGCUUAUUGUUUAAA